CAUUACUUUCUCUCCAUCCACCACAAAUGGCGGUGGCGUCUACUCUGCCUGGGCAGCUCGUGCUGGUGGCCGCUCUUCUUGCGCUGUCCGUCGCCAUUACGGCGUUGGCGUCGGCGUCCCCUGCGCCUGCGAACCAGAGUCGCUGCUACAAGCAUCUAUUCAGCUUUGGCGACUCUCUGAUCGACACCGGCAACUCAAUCGUCAACUCCACUCCGCCGGGGCCCGUCCUAAAGUUGCCCUACGGCGAGACCUUCUUUGGCCGACCCACCGGCCGCUGGUCCGACGGCCGCCUCGUCGUUGACUUCAUCGUGGAGAGGCUGGGGCUCCCAUACUGGCCGGCGUACCUGCAGGCGGCUGCCGGGAAGUCGCCGGCGGAGGAGUUCCGGUACGGCGCCAAUUUCGCGGUGACGGCCGCCACGGCAUUGAGCCAGGAUUUCUUCAUCAAGAAGAACCUCAGAGUUGACCUUCGUCCCCGGAUCCCCUUUUACUCCUUGGGCGUCCAGAUCGGCUGGUUCAAGAAAGUGCUUGCCGCGCUCGCCUCCACGGACAAAGAGAGGAAAGAGGUGAUGGAGAGCUCGCUGUUCCUGGUGGGGGAGAUCGGCGUCAACGACUACCACCACCCCUUCCUGCAGAACAAGACGCUCGAAUGGGUCAGGCCCCUCGUGCCCCAGGUCAUCAGCUCCAUCGCUCUCUCCAUCGAGGCCCUGAUCGAGCUGGGCGCCAAGACCAUGUACGUGCCGGGCAUCUUCCCGCUGGGGUGCACCCCGCAGUACCUCGUGCUCUUCCCCGGCGACGACCGCGACCCUGCCACGGGCUGCCUCCCGUGGCUCAACGACCUCAUCCUUCUCCACAACCACAUGUUGAAAGCCAAGCUCGACGAGCUCCGCCGCCGCCAUCACGGCGUGUCCAUCACCUAUGUCGACUCCUACCACAACGUCCUUAGCCUCAUCACCAAGCCGGCGGAGAACGGGUUCGGCGUGGGAACGGUGCUGGAAGCAUGCUACCCUCUCUUGAGCCUUGGGCCGGCGGCGGUGCCGUGCUCCGACCCGUCGAAGUACGUGUCGUUCGACGGCCUGCACAUGACCGAGGCAGCGUACAAGAUCAUGGCCCGCGGAGCGCUCGACGGCCCGUUCGCCGUGCCGCCCAUCAUGUCCAAAUGCAACCACAACUGCUAGACUUGUAAUAAUGUGAACCACCGGAUCGUAUCGUCCAAAAUCACUCCUUGACAUGCCCAUAUCCACUAAUAGAAAAUGACUCAUCUA